AUGGCCGAGGGCUCCUUGGCGAUCCAGCCAAUGUCCGUCGAGGGUGAGAGGUUACUAUCAACUCCUGGCAAGACAGCCUCGGGGUUGCGUACGCAUCUCAAUGCUGGGAUUAUCGCCAUUUGUCAGGUCUUGCUCUCAUGGCGCUGUGCCGGUCUUAUCAAGGACUUGGAUCCGUUGCCUAACUCACACCUUGAGAAAAACGCGAUGCAGGAAGUGUUUCGCAGAUUUGAAGAGAGCAAGUCAGAUGAGGUGACUCCCGGAAUAGAGAAGACGGAGGACGAGAAGUCAACUGAAGAGAAGCCCAUUGAGAAGAAGCCUUCCGACAACGGCGAAAGAGCUAUUACUGGCAAGUUAGACCCCAAGAACGUCGAUAACUCCAAUGAAUCGGUGUCGGCCUGAUGAAACGAAAAGGUUACCG